AACGAGUUUAAUUUCUUUACACUGGCAGAGCCCAGGGGAAGCAAAAACAUUGUCAAGAAUCCCCAAAUGCUCUGCAAUAAAAAGAACCAAAAUUAUAAUUGAAGAAACAAUUAUCCAUUCGUCAAGAAAAUCCCCAAAAAAAAAAAAAAAAAAAAAAAUUAAUAUGGCGGAUGCUGGAAAAAAGAAAAUAGCAAUUGCUGGAAUUGCUUCAAUUCUUGUAGUAGCUUGUAUUGUUGGUGCUGCUGUUACACUUACCAAAAAAGGAAAUGAUGAUUCUUCAAAUUCUCAAGUUUCAACCUCUACCAAAAAUGUACAAGCCAUGUGUCAACCAACACAAUAUAAAGAAACUUGUGAAAAAAGUCUUUCUUCAGCCAAAAAUACAAGUGAUCCAAAAGAAUUAAUUAAGACAGCAUUUGAUAGCAGUGUUAAUGAAAUUGCUAGUUCAAUCAAGAAUUCUGCUCCAUUUAAGGAAGCUGCAAAUGAUCCAAGGACUAAAGAUGCACUAAAAGUUUGUGAUGAAGUACUUGAUCGUUCAAUCGAAGAAAUUAAGAGGUCUUUUAAUAAAUUUGAUAGUUCCGACCUCAAAAGCUUGGUCAAGGAUUAUAUUUAUGAUCUUAGGUCAUGGCUUAGCUCAGCUGUUACUUUCGAGACGACUUGUAUUGACGCGUUCGCGAACACGACCGGUGAUACCGGUGAGAAAAUGAAGAACCUCUUGAAAAACGCCCACGAGCUUUCCACUAAUGCCCUUGAUAUUGUUAGUAGCUUCGAGGAACAGGUGGAAGAUUUGCAAAUCUUGGGCAUUAAUAACAGGCGGCUGUUAACCGUUGAAGCAGGUAACCGUAGGCUUCUUCAAGUCGCGCCCCUCAAGCCAAACGUCGUCGUUGCUCAAGAUGGCAGUGGACAACACAAGUCAAUCAAUGAGGCUCUUAAGACUGUGCCCCCAAAUAAUGCACAGCCCUAUGUCAUUUUAAUUAAGGCUGGAAUUUACAAUGAGUAUGUUCAAGUUGCUAAUACAAUGACCAAUGUUGUCUUUAUUGGUGAAGGCCCAAACAAGACCAAAAUAACUGGCAACAAAAAUUACCUAGAUGGUCUCCCAGUUUUCAGUACUGCCACUGUUGCCAUCUCGGGACAAGGAUUCGUGGCGAAGGAUAUCGGAUUCGAGAACUCAGCAGGACCGUUAAAACAUCAAGCUGUUGCACUCCGUGUUUCAGCUGAAAUGGCAGUGUUCCAAAACUGUCAAAUAGAUGGAUACCAAUACACCCUUAUGACUCAUGUUGGCAGACAAUUAUACCGUGACUGUACCAUCACUGGAACCAUCGAUUUCAUCUUUGGAGACGCUGUGGCUGUGUUCCAGAAUUGCAAAUUGAUCGCGAGAAAGCCCGAGGAGAUGCAGACGCAAGCGAUCACAAUCGCUGCUCAGGGAAGGAACCAGCAAUUUGGAACAGGUGCGAUCAUUAUACAGAAUUGCACGAUUACAGCUGAGCCAGCUCUACUCGCCAUCAACCCGCCACGUAACAAGGCAUACCUCGGACGUCCAUGGAAGUUAUACUCAAGGACAAUAAUUAUGCAAUCUCAGAUUGAUGGAUUCAUUGAUCCUGAAGGAUGGACACCAUGGGCUGGUACUUUUGCCCUUGACACUCUAUAUUUUGUUGAAUAUCAAAACAGAGGUCCAGGUGCAAACACAGAUAAGAGGGUAAAUUGGAAGAAUUAUAUCAAGAAUCCAACACCAGAUGUUAUUGCUAAAUUUACUCCUGGAGUUGUGCUUAAAGGUGGUGAUAAUACUGAUACUUGGGUUACUAAAACUGGUGUCCCAUAUGAACCAGGGAUGAUGAAGGUGUAAAAUAUUUUUGAUGAUGACUUUGCAAUAAGUUGUUAUCUUCAAUAAAUUGAAAAAAAUAUUUUAUUUUUUUCUAUUUUAUUU